AUGUCAACUCGCCCCUCAAGGUUGUCUAAAAUUGAAACGAUCGAUAAUCCAACCAUCACAUUCAAUCAUCAGGGUUUCCAUGGCAACAAGAGACAUGUGUAUGAUGACAACGGCUCAACGAUACAGUAUCAUGAUCAAUUUAAUCUGGAAUUUACGGCAUUUGAUAUAUCAAUCUCUCUUUCGCUUUCACCAAACUUUGAUUUGUUUCAUCCAGAUGCUCAAUUGACUGUAUUCAAUACAGACGGAUCACCACAGACAAUCGAAAAAGUAGCUCCUCAUGAAUACUUUGUCUUCAAGGGCCAUGCCAACAACAAAGAGCAUCAGUGGGCUCGAAUUCUACUGAGAAAAGAUUUAGAACACACGACACCUAUUUUUGAGGGUGCAUUUACCGUUGAUUCAGAUAUAUACCACAUCAAAACUGCUCCCAAUUAUCACUUGACAAAACGCAGCGAUGACCCUGUGUCGAUGAAUCAACACUCCAAGAUGAUUAUUUAUAGAGAUUCCGAUCAAUUCAUGGUAGAAGAUCAGGAAGAAUCUGAAUUAUUAGAAAAGCGACAUGGAAGAAAAGACGAUAUCAUGUGCGCUAUGGAAGAAUUGGCUUACAACAGACGUAUGACUGGAUCUCACGCUGCUCCUACCGCCUCCAACACAAGCAGUAACGCAUUCUCCAAUCUAUGGGAGAAACGAGACAUCGAUGUAUUCUCUGCUGUUGCUGUUCCAUCAUCCUCGCCCUCCGCAGUUACACAGGGAUGUCCCACAGCUAGAAAGAUUGCAUACAUGGGUGCUGCUGCCGAUUGCUCGUAUGUUUUGUCGUAUGGCAGUGUUCGCUACGCAAAAUUACAGAUGAUCAAUGACUGGAACGUCGCUUCUGCUGUUUAUGAAAAGACGUUCAAUGUGUCAUUGGGAUUGAUCUACUUACAAAUUUCUGUGCCUGAAUGUCCAGCAAAGCCCAAGUCAAGUAUUGCAUGGAAUCAGGAAUGCUCAAAUUACUAUUCUAUCAAUGAUCGUCUUAGUGAUUUCAGUCUCUGGAGAGGGACCAAGGGUGAUGAUGGUGCUGCAUUAUGGCAUUUAAUGACCAAGUGCGCAACGGGCGUCAAAGUAGGGAUUGCGUGGCUGAGUCAGCUGUGCGAGACUCAAGUAUCGCAGCAGAUUGAAGAUGAUGGAUCGUAUGAGUGGGUAUCAGGCACAGGCGUGUCUUCAAUCACAAGAGAUGAAUGGAAGGUGGUGGCACACGAAGUAGGCCAUGGUUUUGGAGCUAUUCAUGAUUGCACUUCGCGAAUGUGCCCUUGUAAGGGUGAAUGUGGCUGUUGUCCCCUCAGUGAUACAGUGUGCAGUGCAGGAGAUACAUAUUUGAUGAACCCUACCAGCAAUGUCUCGACAAACGACUUUAGCCCUUGCUCUGUGUCUGAUAUUUGCAAUACAUUUCCCAAUAUUGGAUACUGUUUAAAGUUGCCUGACCUGAGAACAGGUGGCUCAUUUUCACUCUGCGGCAAUGGUAUACUGGAACCUGGGGAGGAAUGCGAUUCAGGACUUACUGAUAGUGAUUGCUGCUACGCAAGAACAUGUAAAUUGAAGCCGAAUGCCAUUUGCGAUGAUUACAGUAAUCAGUGCUGCUUGAAUUGUACGAUUGCACCAAAAGAGACUAUCUGCAGACCUGCCGUUUCUGAAUGUGAUUCAACAGAAUACUGCACAGGAGAAUCUAGUCAGUGUCCUGUUGAUUUAUUCGACGCUGAUGGAUCAGAUUGUGCAAAUGGCACUAUGAAAUGUGCUUCUGGAAUAUGCACUUCGAGGGAUCAACAGUGCAUGGCUCGUGGAUUACGUCAAAAUAUCAGCGAACAGUGCUCUUUUCAGAAGGAUUCAUGUCUUAUCAGCUGCACAGACCCAAAAGAUCCGAGAAAUUGUUUGAUGCUGAGCGGCAUGUUUCUAGAUGGCACUGAAUGUGGAUUAGCUGGAUUCUGUCAGAAGGGUACCUGUGUUGGCACUGGAGCUUUGAACACGCUCAAGGCUUGGACUGCACAGAACAAAGCGAUUGCUAUUCCAGUUUACAUAUUCGGUAGUAUUGGUGUGCUGCUCAUCAUUGGCUGGAUCGUUUGGUUUAUUCGACGACGAUACAAAUGCAAAAUACUGCUAUCUGAAAAGGACAAGGACUCACGACCCAAUUCCAUCAUCAGUUAUCCACCCUUGGCAGCAUCCAAAUCACCUGCUGCUGCAAACACCACUCUGGUGCCAAAUCAUACGAUGAAAAGAGAAUCACAAAUUAUACCAUUCCCUAUCAAUUCUAUACCCUCUUCUCUAUUACAGCAAUCAUCACAUAAUACCAGCACAACAGCAGAGAUCGAGCUUGAAAAUCUAUCUAUUCCAACUAAUAAUAUCAACAACCUUGUAAAUACACCUGUCAGUAGCAACAAUGGAUCUUCCAGAAGAAACACUUUAUUUUUGCCACCUACUAACACUUCAAAUAUUAAUGAUCAUCGUUCUAACUCUGCUGGGACUCAUAGAAGAGGAAAAUCGAAUAUAGAAUAA